AUGCUAAACUGCACAGCGUUUGUCGCACCACUAUCAAACACGACUAGCUUCUUUCUUGCGAAAGAACGCUUCACGCGAAACAGCGGUCGUAGCGUGGACAACAGGCGCACGCUUGGACGACGUGCGCGUUCGCAAAACCCCGCUGCCCGUACCGUGUUCUUGCCUAGCAUGCUCAUGACACCGGAACGUUCCGUGGCUGCGGACAAUGCGACCGAAAACGUCGUUCCCGAGGAGAUCGAGCAUGGAGAACGCGUGACAGACCUGCGCGGCCGCAUUGGACGCUACCGGUCGAGCGUGCCGGACGCGCGUGGCAAGUUCGGGCCUUUUGGCGGUAAGUUUGUGCCAGAGACCCUUAUAUCGUGUCUUGAAGAGCUGGAAGAAGCUUACAAAAAGGUCUCAAAAGAUCCGACAUUUCAACAGGAGCUAGCACAACAGCUUCGAGACUUUGCUGGUCGACCGACGCCGCUCUAUUUUGCCGAGCGUCUCACGGCUCACUUUGCGCGUCCGGAUGGAUCUGGUAUGCAAAUCUACCUGAAACGAGAAGAUCUCCUGCAUACAGGUGCCCAUAAGAUCAAUAACGCACUCGGUCAAGUGUUGCUAGCGCGACGCAUGGGCAGGACCCGCAUCAUCGCGGAGACGGGCGCGGGCCAACAUGGUGUUGCCACCGCCACCGUGUGUGCACGCUUCGGACUGCCUUGCGUUGUGUACAUGGGUGCCCGCGACAUGGAACGUCAGAAGCUGAAUGUGUUUCGGAUGCGUUUGCUAGGCGCCGAAGUGCGACCCGUACACACCGGGACGGCAACGUUGAAGGAUGCGCUGUCGGAUGCCAUCCGCGACUGGGUGACAAACCCAAGCACGACGCAUUAUGUGGUCGGCAGCGUAGCCGGACCUCACCCGUACCCAGCCAUGGUGCGCGAUUUCCACUACGUGAUCGGUGAGGAAGUAUACCAGCAAGUGCAAGAGCGGCACGGCCCUGGUCGAUUGCCGGACAUCUUGGUGGCCUGCGUCGGCGGCGGCAGCAAUGCUAUCGGUCUCUUCCGCCGCUUUGUGGACGAACCCAGUGUGCGUUUUAUUGGGGUGGAGGCUGCAGGUCGAGGCCUCGAUACACACGAACACGCUGCCACACUGACAAAGGGCUCGGUCGGCGUCCUCCACGGCAGCAUGUCCUACUUGCUCCAGGACGACGAUGGACAGAUCGUAGAGGCGCACUCCAUAAGCGCGGGUCUCGAUUACCCAGGCGUCGGCCCUGAGCAUGCCUUUAUGCGCGACACUGGGCGAGCAGAGUACCUCUCGGUGACAGACGAAGAGGCUUUGGAUGCUUUUCAGUUGGUCUCGGGACUGGAGGGCAUCCUACCCGCGCUCGAGACGAGCCAUGCGUUUGCAGCGCUGAAACGCAUCAACGAUACGAUUCCCGCAGGAGCGCGCCCGAUCGUUGUUGUGAAUUGUUCCGGUCGAGGAGACAAGGAUGUGAACACCGUUAUCACGGCACUGAAAGAGCGAAACAGCCCGCUGGUGAGCGGCCUAGAUAUUUAA